AUGACUCAUCCGCUUCCCCAUGACUCACACACCUCGGGUGCUCCUCCUCUGGUCAACAAGUCUGGAGACUUGGCAAAUGGAUCCCCAUUUUUCCCACCUCUCCAAAGCCUCUGGGAAGAAUUCCUGCACCUCCUCUUUAUGGGGACUCUACUCUUCUACAGAAGAGCCACCAAGGCCUUGAGAGGGAAAGCCACUCUCCUAAAGUCACACAGCAAGCAGGCAGCACAGCCAGGGUGGGAGCCAGGCAUCCGGGCACUGAGCCCAGUCCCUGCCUCCUCCCCACAAGAUCACUCUCGCCUGACCUCCCUCUCAAGGGCAGGAAAGGAGCAGAGACGCACCCUGAGCCUUAUUGGGAAGACCUCAGGGACUCCCACUGAAUCCACUGCGGCUACAGUGGCUGCUUCCACCACUGAAGUCCCCUCCAGGCUUCCCUGGGCAGCCAGGGUGGGGUUUAACAGGAGGACAGGUGUCUGCAUUGCUCUACCUACCUAA